CCACAGAACCCACAAAGGGACCAAAUCCACGGCGCCUUGAACAGUGACGGAAUCCCCGCCGCCGUUCUGGUCAACCACGAUCACUCUGCUUCCCCUGUAAUAUUCCUCGCCGUAACUCGGCCUCGCCUCCCCCUGCUGCUGCUGCUGCUCAGUACCGUUGUCAAAAUCAAAGCUAUGACUAUAAGCAUCCAGCCUCGCGUCAUCCCAACUUAUGAACUUCCUAUCAAACGUCUGCAUCUCCUCCCCUGCCGCAGCACUACAUGGCCCAACAAGCAUCAGUACCACCGCCGCAACAACAACAAAAACAGAGCACUUCCCCAACUUCGCCAUUAUCAGACAAUGUGGCAAUUAAUUAAUCCUACUUAUGAU